CCCUGUCUGGUGGGUUUAUUUUACACCCAGCUGUAUCUUGGCUGUAAAGUAAUAAACUAAGGCUCCUGGCUUGAAGUGAUAUAAGACAGAUCUGCCUUGCUUUUAGGAAAAAAUCCGGUCCCCAGUGUCGCCCCAUCCCACGAUGCACUCCACCACAUCCAUCACUUCCCUCUUCUCCUUCACCAGUCCAGCUGUGAAAAGGCUGCUGGGCUGGAAACAAGGAGACGAGGAGGAAAAGUGGGCGGAAAAGGCUGUCGAUUCCCUUGUGAAGAAGCUCAAGAAGAAGAAAGGGGCCAUGGAGGAGCUGGAAAAGGCUCUGAGCUGUCCUGGCCAGCCCAGUAAAUGUGUGACCAUCCCUCGAUCCCUGGACGGAAGGCUCCAGGUGUCCCACCGUAAAGGUCUGCCACACGUCAUCUACUGCAGGGUGUGGCGCUGGCCGGAUCUUCAGUCCCACCACGAGCUCAAAGCGCUGGAUUGCUGCGAGUUUCCUUUCGGCUCCAAGCAGAAGGAUAUCUGCAUCAAUCCAUAUCAUUACCGCCGUGUGGAGACGCCAGUUCUACCCCCAGUCCUUGUGCCACGUCACAGUGAGUUCAACCCCCAGCACAGCUUGUUAGCAAAGUUCCGGAAUGCUUCCCUACACAACGAGCCUCUAAUGCCUCAAAAUGCCACUUACCCAGACUCCUUCCCUGCAAUGCCCUGUAGCUCGUUUUCUUCAUCUCCUUCCAGCUCUUUAAACCAGUCCCCCACUGCACACAGCUACCCAAACUCUCCCAGCAGUGGAACCGACCCUGGGAGCCCCUACCAAAUCACAGCAGAGACACCUCCUCCACCCUACAGUAUGAUGGAGACCCCUCCGUCUGAGGAUGUGAAACCAGAAGAGUCCUCCAACCCCAAUAAACUCAUUCUGUCAGCCCCUCAUAGAGACUUGAGGCCAGUGUGUUAUGAGGAACCAGAAUACUGGUGUUCAGUGGCAUAUUACGAACUGAACAACAGGGUGGGUGAGACAUUCCACGCCUCUUCCCGAAGCAUCCUCGUGGACGGCUUCACAGAUCCCUCCAACAACAAGAACCGAUUCUGUCUCGGAUUACUAUCCAACGUCAACCGGAAUUCUACCAUUGAACACACUCGCAGACACAUAGGCAAAGGUGUGCACUUGUAUUACGUCGGAGGGGAGGUGUACGCAGAGUGUCUGAGUGACAGCAGUAUUUUCGUUCAGAGUCGGAACUGUAACUACCAGCAUGGUUUCCACCCCACCACCGUCUGCAAGAUCCCGAGUGGAUGCAGCCUCAAGAUCUUCAACAACCAGCUGUUUGCCCAGCUGCUGUCGCAGUCGGUAAAUCAUGGCUUCGAGGUGGUGUAUGAACUCACCAAGAUGUGCACCAUCAGGAUGAGUUUUGUCAAGGGCUGGGGAGCCGAGUACCACCGUCAGGAUGUCACCAGCACCCCCUGCUGGAUAGAAAUCCACCUGCACGGGCCCCUGCAGUGGCUGGACAAAGUUCUGACCCAAAUGGGCUCUCCGCACAAUCCUAUUUCCUCUGUGUCCUAAUGCAUUACAGGACAAGGGGAAUAUAGUUCCCCAAAAGACUUUUAUAGCAGCCCAAGACACAUAAAGCUCUCUCUCUGUCUUUUCAGUGGAUGUUUAUGGUACUGGUAUAGAAUCAGCCAGGAAAUAUCAUGCUGUUAAAUAAGCAGCUGUGUGGUUAGAUAAGUGUUGCAUUGUUUAAAAAAAAAAAAAAAAAACUUGCUAUUUCACAGUAUGUAGUAGCUGAGAUCAAUUCAGAUAGAAUUGCUGUAUUAGGAAGCCAAAGAAGUAUGUUAGUAGACAGGUACUUGUUCUGGAAAAGUUUUAUUUGUGUCAUAUUUGUGCCUUCUAUAACAUUUCAUGUUGUUUUGUUUUUUUCCACUCGCGUUAGCUUUCUUGUUUUUGUAAUACAGAAACCUCUCUUAUAUUUGUGCCUGAUUGUUUUAUGGCCAUAACACAAAAAUGAAAUUUAAAAACAAAACACCAGAAGUCGAAAAAUCCAACUACUUUGUAUUAAUGCAAAAGCUUUAAAACUACAGGUUAUCAAUUUUCACAAGAUCAAUACAAACUUCCUUUGCUUAUUGAGCUUACCCCGUCUUUAAAAUAAUAAAGCUGAUUGAACAA